UCCCCUGCACCCUCCCCUCGCCCGGCAUGCGGGCCCGGCGCCCUGGGCCGGCCGGCAGCGCGGUGGGGCAGGGCAGAGCCGCCGGGUGGUGCCGCUGCCGGUACCGCGCCCCCGGUAGGCGGUGGGCAGCUCGGGGCCGGGCCCUAUAGCAGGGAUCCCGCUUUCUGCCGGGGAACGGCUGCCGGCCGCCGUGGGGCUGUUCGCUGUCUGCUUUCUGGACCUGUGGGAUUUAAGAAUCUCUCUCCUCUAAGAAAAUUUGCUGCUUCUACAGCCUUCCAUCUUAGUGGGCAAUUGAUGAUUUCACUUGAAAUGCUUACCUGAAGAAAUUAACAGUAGGCGAGGUGUAAUUGCUUUUUAAAAAUGUUAAAAGUACAGCAGUGUGUAACAGCUAACAGGAUACCCAAGAAAAAGCCAUAUAUUUGUGACACUUGCUGUAAACAGUUUGAAACUCCAUCGAAAUUAGCUAGGCAUUAUCUGAUACAUACUGGUCAAAAGCCAUUUGAAUGUCAUGUGUGCCAUAAAACAUUCAGGCAGUUAGUCCAUCUGGAGAGGCAUCAAUUAACCCAUAAUCUGCCUUUUAAGUGUAUUGUUUGUCAUAGAAACUUUAAAAACUUAAUUACUUUCUUGAAGCAUCAGCAGCUUCACAGUGCAAAUUAUCAGAAUGAUAUCAAGCAAGCAGAAAAGUCUGUGGAUUCCGAGCAAGACAGGGUCGUUUGUGGCAUAUUUCGAUGUUCUGUGUGCUGGAAGUCUUUUACAACUGAAGAGAGGUGGAUGCUGCAUCAGUGCCUCAAGGCAGAUCAUCUACAUGGUACCAGAAGGAGAAAGAAAACUCAUGCUUGUGAAUCGUGUAACAAGACAUUUCCUUCAAGAUCUAAGCUAGAAAGACACUUCCUUAUUCACACUGGCCAGAAACCUUUUAAGUGUUCUUCAUGUGGUAAAUCUUUCAGACAGUCAACCCAUUUGAAAAUCCAUCAGCUCACACACACAGAAGAAAGGCCUUUUCAAUGCUGCUUUUGUCAGAAGGGGUUUAAAAUACAGAGCAAACUCAUGAAGCACAAACAGCUCCAUGCCAGAAGUAAGACUGUCCCCAAUAUCAUAUACAAAGGAAAGACUCCUAAAUAUCUCAGACCACAGAAACUGUUGGAAGGAAAGAUGAAUAGUUUUGAGAAUGACCCUUACAAGUCCCAGGAGAAUGACCCACGUGGUGUUUGUUCAAUUUAUGUUGUUCCCUUUCAGUGUCCAAUGUGCAAGCAGUGUUUUGAAACAGAGCAGGUUCUAAAUCUGCACCAAUGUUGUUACCUGAGAGAUGGCAAAAGUUCAAAUAACUGCACAACAGCUUUCAGCCACGCAGUCAGCGUGAAAAAUAGGAUCCUGAUGAAGGUGAAGCAUACUGGAGGAAAGUCAUCAGAUUUUUCUGUGACUGGCAGAAAAAAAAUGAAAUCAGGUUACUUUAAAAGUCCUGACCUGGUUGCAGUUAGAGAUCAGCGUUCUGAUAAGAAUGCUUCCACUAAAUUUUUCAAGGACUGCUGUAGCAAGCUUGACGUGCGCAACGCAGUUAGUAAUCGGACAAAAAGAAUAUUUGCCAUGCCAUUAUCUUGGCAAGAGCACCUACAACCUCUCCAAGUAGGAAUUAAUUUAAAAGGUAUGCUUACUGGUGAGCGCAUGUUAAACAUCGAUGAUUCUGUGCAUAAUAAGGAUGAUACUUUUUAUGGUUCAUCAGAUGAAGGCUUCUUUGAUAAUCCAGAAGUACUUCACUGUGGUUUUUCAGCUCCUACUAAAAAUAUACAUAACAGACACAAAGUGUGUAAAUGUGACAGAUGUGAAAAAAUCUUUCCAUCUUCAUCCAAACUUCAAAGACAUUAUCUUAUACACACGGGACAGAAGCCCUUUGGCUGUAAUGUUUGUGGGAAGACAUUUAGACAGUCAGCUCACUUAAAAAGACAUCAGCUCACCCAUACUGAAAAGAACCCCUAUAAAAGCGCUGUUUGCCAGGUAGAAUUUGAAAAUCUGAACAAACUUUUCAAUCAUCGGGGAGAUCACAUUGAAUUUAAGUCUUCUCAGCCUGUGGGUUAUUCGGGUUAUUCUCAAACACCUUCACAGGCAGAUGGCUUUCAAGAUUUUGAGCUGAUUCAGUCAAACCAAGCAGCUGAAAUCAAAGUUGAAAUUGAGUCAGGGGACUUUGUUCUUGACACCAGCAGGAGAAACACACAGCCUUAUUUGUGUAGUAAAUUGUUAGAAACAGAGCAAAGCUGUUACAGUUAUUGGCAUGAUUUUUCUGACGGGAUUGAAAAAAGUGAUGUUAAGAAAGUGUAUCAGUGCAGUAUCUGCUUUAAAACUUUCAAAUCGCCUUCUAAGCUUGAAAGACAUUACCUAAUGCAUGCUGGACAGAAGCCAUUUGAAUGUUCAGUUUGUGGUAAAAAUUUCAGACAGUCCCCACAUUUGAAGAGACAUCACCUUACUCACUUUAAAGAGAGAUUAAAGCUGAGUUCCACUGAGCAACAACAAGGGAACAUACUGUUUUCAUUGAAACUGGAUGCUGUCCCGUGAUAUUAUACAUUAACGUUUUUGGUUGCAUAAUUAUUAAAAGGCUUAUGUUACAUUGAAUAAUUGACUGAAAAGGAUUCUCUCUUUAUGGUAUGGAGAAGACCUAAUGAAGAGUUAAUUUGCUGUCUUCAGAACUGUCUACUUGAUUAUAAUAUGCGAUGACAGUGAGAAGAUGGUAUAAAAACAAAGCAAAAAAGCAAUAAAAAAAGCUACUUUGCAUUUCUUUUCUUUAAAUGUAUUUAUAAAUUUACAUUCUUACAGUAUUGAUGGUGUUGCAGCAAUCUGCAGAGCUCCCUACCUUUUCCUGUAUAGUAUUUUAUGACAGUAUGCUACCCAACGAUAAUUAUCCAAAAGUAAAGAUAAAAAGGUAAUUUCCAGAAUAAAGGAAAUGGCUCCUUGUACAUUGCAAACCAAUAUGCAAGUGUUGCAUAUGCUUGCUGUAUUUCAUUCAUGCUUUAAAAACAAACAAACAAACAGUUAAAUUUAGAUGAAGAAGAUGCAAAAAAAGAAAAAGGUUGAGGAAGCGGAAAAGAAUGUUUAAGAAAAAAAACUUGAUUAGCAUUACAGAACCGUUGUUAAAGAGAAAAGUGAACUGGAUAUUUGCAAUACGCUUGGAGAUCUGUAGGUGAGGAAUUACAUUUUUACCUUAUUUAUGGUAAAAUAUGAGUAGACAAUGCUAAAGUAGUAGGGUUGAUAAUCAUUUAAUCCUUUUUACCACUUCAUUGUUUCUACUUCUUGCAAUAUCUCUUGCUUUUUCAAGUUUUCUCUUUCUUUUUUUUUUUUGCCAAUUCAUGCUAUACUGAAUUUUCUAUAGGAAAAGAGGGCAAGAAGUUAUAAUUAAUAUUACACGUGCAGUUACUACCUGUUCCUUCUGACAUGCGUAUUGCACCAGUAAAAGAAGUGUUCUCUAAGUUGUGACAAUAGCUCAGACAAGCAGUUUUGUUGGGAAGUCAUGUUCUUGUUACAUUAAAUAUUAGAGACUGAAAAUGAUUUUAGCUCAAAUUAAGUAAUUCUGGUUUUGUGUUAAUAGAGUCUGUAGUUUUACUUCUGGUAAGUAGAGAGCUUUGCCCAUUGUGCCUGUGGGACUGGCGAAAAGUGUAAGUGCAGCGGAGCUUUAUUCAUCAAGAACAAGAAUGAAGUUUGUUUUUCCUCUGAAGAAACUGCCUUUUACUAUAUUUUCCUUUGUUACAUGGCUUCUGAAUAGUUGAAACAUGAAGUUUUUUAUCCUAUAUCUAAAUUAAUAUAACUGUAAGAUAUCAUGGCAUCCUUUUCACUAUUUAAAUACAUAUGUAUUUAUUUAAGUAAACUUUUUGAUUUUUUUUUAUUAUUGAAGCAAUUUCUGUAGGUCUUGCUGUGGCAUAAGCUUUAUAGUAGUUGGUAUAAAUGAAGGAUGAAGGGAGUUUUUAUUUUUGUGUGUUACUCUUUCCUAUUUUGAGAGAGAAUACAGCUAAGAAAGAUACUCAAACAUUUAGUUACUAUGAUUUUUGUAUGACAGGCUAAUUCAGUGUCUUAAGAAUGACUGUACUUAUAUAUUGAGAUUUUUUUCCCCCCAUGUGAAUUGUUUCAUAUUGAAAGAGAAUACUGUAUAAAAUGUUUUGAAAGUGUAUUGUAGAGCUCUUGAAAUACUUGUAAUAAACUAUUUUAUUUAUAUUGCA